GCGGCGGCGGAAACAUGGACGACCUGGAUGCAUUGCUAGCAGACCUGGAAUCGACUACCUCCCACAUCUCUAAGCGGCCAGUCUUCCUGUCGGAGGAAACAUCCUAUUCCUACCCAACUGGGAAUCACACAUACCAGGAAAUCACUAUACCUCCCCCUGUGCCACCACCUCCUUCUAGUGAAGCCUUGAAUGGAACUGUGACUGAUCCUUUAGACCAGUGGCAACCAAGCAUCUCCAGAAAUAUCCAUCAGCAGCCGCAGUCCCAGUCUCCUGUCUACAGCUCCAGUACCUCUGUUUCCAGAGAGUGUGUCAUCUCUCCUACACGUGCUAGCGAAGAGGAGCACGUCUACAGUUUCCCUAACAAGCAGAAGUCUGCUGAACUCUCUCCCACCCUGAUGAGCUCCUCACUCGGCAAUAACCUGUCAGAACUGGACCGACUGCUACUGGAACUGAAUGCUGUUCAGCACAAUCCUCCUAGCGGCUAUUCGGCAGAUGAAACCACUAGGAACCCCGUGUUGCCCAGUGGGACUGGCUCUCACUAUGGCAUCCCAGAGAAUGCUACCUCUUUGAACGCGAAACCAGCAGCCCCUGUGAAAGAGAAGCCCAAGCGGAAUGGAGGGCAUGACAUUGAGGACGUGUGUCCUAGUGUGGAGAGCCUUUUGGACGAACUGGAGAGCUCGGUGCCUAGUCCAGUUCCAGCCAUCACUGUGAAUCAAGGCGAGAUGAGCAGCCCCCAGCGGGUCACCUCGAGCCAGCAGCAGACGCGCAUUUCUGCCUCUUCAGCGACAAGGGAACUGGAUGAGCUGAUGGCCUCACUGUCAGACUUCAAGUUCAUGUCGCAAGGGAAAGGUGGGAACAGCUACCCGUCCUCUACUCCUCCGAAGCCUGGCAGCCAGUUGGACAGCAUGCUCGGAAGCCUCCAGUCUGACUUGAACAAACUCGGAGUAGCGACCGUUGCCAAAGGUGUCUGCGGAGCAUGCAAGAAACCAAUAGCUGGGCAGGUUGUUACAGCGAUGGGGAAGACGUGGCACCCUGAACAUUUUGUCUGUACCCAUUGCCAGGAGGAGAUAGGGUCACGGAACUUCUUUGAGCGCGACAGCCAGCCCUACUGCGAGAAGGACUAUCAUAACCUCUUCUCCCCACGCUGCUACUACUGCAACGGCCCCAUCUUGGAUAAAGUGGUGACUGCGCUGGAUCGGACAUGGCACCCGGAACACUUCUUCUGUGCACAGUGUGGAGCGUUCUUUGGCCCUGAAGGCUUUCAUGAGAAAGAUGGCAAGGCUUAUUGUCGCAAGGAUUACUUUGACAUGUUUGCCCCGAAGUGUGGAGGUUGUGCCCGGGCCAUCCUGGAAAAUUAUAUCUCUGCCUUGAAUACCCUUUGGCACCCUGAGUGUUUUGUCUGCCGGGAAUGUUUCACUCCCUUCAUCAAUGGCAGCUUCUUUGAACAUGACGGGCAGCCUUACUGCGAGGUGCAUUACCACGAGCGCCGUGGCUCGCUGUGCUCUGGCUGCCAGAAGCCCAUCACGGGGCGCUGCAUUACCGCGAUGGCCAAGAAAUUUCACCCGGAACACUUCGUCUGUGCCUUCUGUCUCAAGCAGCUCAACAAAGGAACCUUCAAGGAGCAGAACGACAAGCCCUACUGUCAGAACUGCUUCCUGAAACUCUUCUGUUAA